AUGACGGACACGCGGCGAAGGGUCAAAGUGUACACCCUGAACGAAGACCGGCAGUGGGACGACCGCGGGACCGGGCACGUCUCCUCGGGAUAUGUGGAGAGGCUGAGAGGCACGUCCCUGCUGGUGCGGGCGGAGAGCGAUGGUUCUCUUCUGCUGGAGUCUAAAAUCAACCCCAACACGGCCUACCAGAAACAACAGGACACGUUGAUCGUUUGGUGCGAGGCUGAGAACUAUGACUUGGCGCUGAGCUUUCAGGAGAAGGCCGGAUGUGACGAGAUCUGGGAGAAAAUCUGCCAGGUGCAGGGGAAGGACCCGUCGGUGGAGAUCACUCAGGAUGUGGUGGACGAGUCUGAGGAGGAGCGCUUUGACGACAUGUCUUCUCCGGGUCUGGAGCUGCCGCCGUGUGAGCUGAGCCGCCUGGAGGACCUGGCGGAGCUGGUGGCCUCGUCCUUGCCUUCGCCGCUCAGGAGGGAGAAGCUGGCUCUGGCCGUGGAGAACGAGAACUACAUCCGCAAACUUCUGGAGCUGUUCAGAGUGUGCGAGGACCUGGAGAACCGUGAGGGCCUGCACCAUCUGUACGAGAUCAUCAAAGGCAUCUUCCUGCUCAACCGCACGGCGCUCUUUGAGGUCAUGUUCUCGGAGGAGUGCAUCAUGGACGUGAUCGGCUGCUUGGAGUUCGACCCCUCGCUGCAGCAGCCGCGGCCGCACAGAGACUUCCUGACUAAGACGGCGCGCUUCAAGGAGGUCAUCCCCAUCUCUGACCCCGAGCUGCGGCAGAAGAUCCACCAGACGUACCGCGUGCAGUACAUCCAGGACAUGGUGCUGCCCACGCCCUCCGUGUUCGAGGAGAACAUGCUCUCCACUCUGCACUCCUUCAUCUUCUUCAACAAGGUGGAGAUAGUGGGCAUGCUGCAGGACGACGAGAAGUUUCUGAAAGACCUUUUUGCACAGCUGACCGACGAGGCCACAGAGGACGACAAACGCCACGAACUGGUGAACUUCCUGAAAGAGUUCUGCGCUUUCUCCCAAACGCUACAACCUCAGAAUCGCGACGCCUUCUUCAAGACCUUAUCCAACAUGGGCAUCCUGCAGUCGCUAGAGGUCAUCCUGGGCAUGGAUGACGUCCUGGUGCGAGGGGCAGCUACAGACAUCUUCUCGUACCUGGUGGAGUACAACCCGUCGAUGGUGCGAGAGUUCGUGAUGCAGGAGCCUCAGCAGAACAAUGAUGACAUCCUGCUCAUCAACCUGAUCAUCGAGCACAUGAUCUGUGACACAGACCCAGAGCUAGGGGGCGCUGUGCAGCUCAUGGGGCUCCUGCGGACACUGGUGGAUCCAGAGAACAUGCUAGCCACGGCUAACAAAACUGAGAAGACAGAGUUCCUGAGUUUCUUCUAUAAGCACUGUAUGCAUGUUCUCUCCGCGCCGCUGCUAGCUAACACCACGGAGGACACGCCUAGCAAAGACGACUUUCAGACGUCUCAGCUGCUGGCGCUGAUCCUGGAGCUGCUGACCUUCUGCGUGGAGCACCACACGUACCACAUCAAGAACUACAUCAUCAACAAAGACAUCCUGCGGCGGGUGCUGGUGCUCACGGCGUCCCAGCAUGCCUUUCUCGCUCUGUGUGCGCUGCGGUUCAUGCGGAGAAUCAUCGGACUCAAAGACGAGUUCUACAACCGCUACAUCAUGAGGAACUUCCUGUUUGAGCCGGUUGUCAAGGCUUUUCUGAACAACGGCUCGCGCUACAACCUCAUGAACUCGGCCAUCAUCGAGAUGUUCGAAUAUGUGCGCGUGGAGGACAUACAAGUCUCUCACCGGCACACGACGUGUACCUACUUGCAAAGCAGGAAGUGA